AUGAGUGAUCAUAGUGCAAAAAAUAAGUACCGUCAGUAUUUAGUAGAGUACCUAAAGUUUGGUUUUAUCGCGUCACCACUUAAUGUACAGUUACCGUUUUGCCUUAUAUGUGAAAAAACAUUUUCUAAUGAAGCAAUGAAGCCAUCAAGAUUGAAAGAUCAUUUAUCAAAAAUUCAUUCCGAUAAACUGAAGAAACCACUUUCGUUUUUUCAGGCUCUUAAAGCAAAAAUUGAAAAACGGUCUACUGUGAAUAGUUUAUUUAAAAAAUAAACGUCUGAUCUUGAUAAAGGAUUUCUCGCUUCGUACAAGGUGUCUUUAUUGAUAGCAAAAAACAGUAAACCUUAUUCAAUCGGUGAAACUCUUAUUUUACCGGCUCUCAAGGAAAUAAUCGAUACUAUGCAAGGAGAGGGUACUAGCAAUAAGAUGAAUAAGUCAAUUCCUUUGGGCAAUAACACUGUCUCCAAGAGUAUUGAUGAAAUGGCUGAUAACAUCGAAUACAAACUUAUAAAUUAUUUAAGAGAAAAUAAUUUUGCACUACAGAUUGACGAAUCAACUGUGACAGAUAAUAAAGCUAUAUUACUAGCUUACCUGAGGUUUAUUAAUGAACGUAAAGAAAUCGUCGAGGAAGUAUUGUUUUCUACAAGUUUGAUCACUGAUACCAAAGGAUCGUCGAUUUUUCAAGUGGUGGAGGAAUAUUUGACCAGAAAAAAUAUCCUUCAAUGACCGGCCGUCAUGUUGGGUUUAUAGCCCACCUAAAAAAAACCGUCCCAGGUGUUAUUUGUGUUCAUUGUAUUAUACAUCGCCAACAUUUAGCUGCUAAAAACUUAAGCGGUGUCCUGCACGAAACCCUUCAAUUCGUCAUAAAAGCUGUAAACAAGAUUAAAGCAAGUUCACUCAAUGACCGUAUGUUUCGAGAACUUUGUCAUGAUAAUGAUGAAGAUUUUGAAAGAUUACUUUUGCAUACUGCAGUAAGGUGGCUUUCCAAAGGAAAAUGUUUAUGUCGUUUUUUUGUAUUAUUUAACUCUAUCAUUGAAUUUCUCGAUAAAAUUGAUCCUGUCUUAAAAGACAAUUUGAAGCAACGAAAAAUUGAGAUUGGGUACCUCACAGAUAUUUUUGAAAAAAUGAAUGAAGUCAAUUUGAAGAUUCAAGGGAAUAAGAUGAACUUUAUCAAAGCCGAAGGAAUAAUUUCCUCAUUCAUUUUUAAGUUUGAUCUUUACAGAACACACACAAAUCGUCAAGAACUGAGUCAGUUUCCGAAUCUCAAGUCGUGUUGAGACGCAAAUGGUUUAAUUCCAGAUGACAAAAUUCUAAUUUUCACUGAUCAUAUUUUGCAGCUCAAAAGACAUGAAAUCAAGAUUUCAAGACCUACUUGAGUUAUAAAUCUGUAAUUGGAUUUUAGAUCCAUUUUCGUUUGAAUCUGUGGAAGAUCUCGAACCUCAUUUACAAAUGGAGUUUAUCGAUCUUAAACACGACUGUGAGGCACAACUUGUUUUUAAGCAAGUCGGUUACGAGCUUGCCUGGAUCAAGCUUAAAGACACUUAUCCACAACUAUGGCAACAAGUUAAAUUGUUGCUUCUCUCUUUUCCGUCAACUUAUCUAGUUGAANUUGUUGUUCAGCUUUUGACCAAACAAAGAAAUCGGUUGGACAUUUGCAACAAAAGUGAUCUACGAUUAGCUUUGACCAAUAUCAAAUCAGACAUCGCCAAAUUAGCAGCUACUCAUCAGGCUCAGGGCAGUCAUUGA